AUGCGUUAUGGUUUCCUUACAACCUACGACGAAACCAUCUUCCUAAAACAAGAGUGCUUCGAGGGGUCUACAUGGGGCCUCCUUAUUUCUUCUCCAAUUCCAUUCGACACAAGUGCAAAUUGGGGGACUCGUACUGUCUCUCUUCGUCAAUGCUUAUACUACCUUAUGUGUGUUACCGAAGAACCCAAAAAUCGCAUUGCGAAUAACACUACUCCGCGUCAUAAGUGGAUUAGUGACAAGUCUCCGAAAGACUUAACCCAACCCCAACUUCAUACCCCCGUUAGCCAGAAACCUCAAGCCCCAACUGAGCUCCUACAGCAUCUAUCUCAGUCACCUGAGCUUAAAACUGACCUUUCUUCUCUCACCGACCGGAUCAAGCUCCACCACAUCCCUGGCUCGGGUAUAUAUUCGGCCAUUCUUCAAUUCAAGCACGAGGAUAUCAGAACCGAGGGGAACAGAUCCUAUGUUCGAGUUGGAGAUCAAUGGAUACAAGCGGAAAUAAUAACUUACGGCCAGAGCCAUAGAUCUAAGGAUGCCGAAUCUAGCAGUCUAGGCCAUGGAUUUAGCUCCUCUCCCUCACCCUCUGCGCGUCUCAGAGCACAAGAAUAUGGCGGCAACACUCCAUCAAAGCAUCGGAAAGAAAAGGUUUCUUUGAUGGAGAGGAUGCAAAACCCUAAACCUUUCCAGUAUACCGACUCCAAUUAUGACUCAGGCCCUACUUUAUUUGUAGAUACCCCUACGCGACUACCCAGUCAGCCACAGGGCCACGGAAUUCCAGCCCCAUCCUUGCCCCAUUACCCAGUACCGCCAGCUGGACAAUACCGGUCCUCGUCAAGAGAUACCUCCGGGAUGCGAGGAACAUUCCAUUCGCCUUAUGCACAAUUUUCUACUGAGCAAUCUCCGCCUAGAGAUCUCUCACAGACAAGGGAGAUGACCUUACCGCACCGGCCACCACCAUUUGGUCACCAUCAAUCUUUAUCCAGAGAUCCAUCCAUGGAACCAGGACAAGGAGGAUCUCCAGACAGACGGGCCGAGAGACACGACUCGGGCUCCAGGGAUAAAGGCAAAGGGAAAGCCAAAGAGCGCCUCGAUAGUACUGGAGGGUACAAUCUUAGGUCUCGUAGCGACAAGGGGGAGAGCAGCAAAGGCAGGGGCAAAGAUAAGGACGAUGAUGAAAAACGGGGCAGGUUUCCUGGACCGUUUUCCAGGAAGCGCUGA